GAUUACCAACAUUUCGCUUUCGAGUUCGCUACUGGCAACAAGUGUCUCUCCCUCUACUGAAGGCUGUUAAGUUACGUGAAAAUGUACAAUAAUUCGUGUGAUGGAAAUACGGUGGGACCUAGUGUUCUAUGGUUUCGGCACGGGCUCCGAUUACACGAUAAUCCUGCUUUGCUGGCAGCCUUGGAGAAUAAACACAAAGGAUCCCAAUUUUUGCCGAUAUUCAUUUUUGAUUCGGAGAGUGCAGGCACAAAAUUGAUCGGUUACAACCGAAUGCGAUUUCUCCUGACUGCUCUCGCUGAUCUGGACCAACAAUUCAAAGCUCAAGGAGGACAAUUGUACUUUUUACAAGGGAAGCCCAGUGAAAUUUUCCGUCGCUUGUGGGAAGAAUGUGCCAUAUCCACGAUAUGCUAUGAGCAGGAUUGCGAGCCAAUAUGGAGAGAGCGUGAUUCUUCCGUGGAAAACCUAUGUCACGAUAUUGGCGUGAACUGCAUAGAAAAGAUCUCACAUACGUUAUGGAAUCCCCAAGCUGUAAUACAAGCCAAUGGUGGUAUACCUCCGUUAACGUAUGAAAUGUUCUUACACACGGUUGAAACGCUAGGACUACCAUCCCGGCCAGUACCAAACCCAAAUUGGAAUGAAGUGAAGUUUUUCAAACUGCCUGAGAAAAUGCUCAAAGAGUUUCAGGCUUUCAGUAAACCCCCCAACCCCGAAGAUUUCGAUGUUUAUUUCGAAAACUGCGAUUCCGAUGUUACUGAAGCAUGGAUCGGAGGAGAGACAAAGGCUCUUGAAAACUUACGUUAUCGCCUCAAAGUUGAGGAAAAUGCAUUCCAGCGGGGCUUUUAUCUCCCGAACCACACUCACCCUGAUAUUCUCGGACCAUCUCGAUCGUUGAGCCCUCAUCUACGGUAUGGCUGCCUUUCUAUAAGGCGAUUCUAUUGGGACCUGCACGAUCUAUUUGAAGAAGUGAAGAGAAUGAAUGGUGCACAUUCUCCAAGUGGUCCCCAUAUCACGGGACAAUUGAUCUGGCGUGAAUACUUCUAUACCAUGUCAGUGAAUAAUAUUAACUACGCGCAAAUGAAAAACAAUGAUAUAUGCCUGAACAUUCCUUGGGCCGUUCCUAAAGGGGAUGAAUUUGAAAGAUGGAAAGCUGGAAAGACGGGCUUCCCGUUGAUUGAUGCGGCUAUGCGACAACUUCUCUCGGAAGGGUGGCUUCAUCAUAUUCUUCGAAAUACAGUAGCAAGUUUCCUGACACGCGGAGCAUUGUGGCUGAGCUGGGAGCUAGGAUUGCAACACUUUCUGAAGUAUUUGAUUGACGCUGAUUGGUCGGUAUGUGCCGGAAAUUGGAUGUGGGUAUCGUCCUCCGCUUUUGAAAAACUUCUGGACUCGUCCCUCUGUACAUGUCCACUAUCAUUGGCCAGGAGAUUGGACCCGAAUGGAGACUAUAUAAAAAGAUACAUACCCGAACUUCGGUGUCUCCCCAAGGAAUAUAUUCAUGAACCAUGGAAUACACCAUUAGAAGUGCAGGAGGCUUGCGGAUGCGUAAUAGGUGUCAACUAUCCUGAACCAAUGCUGGAUCUACAAACGGCUUCUAUGAAAAAUGCACAAGCAAUGCGGUUUCUACGAGAUACAUUGAUUGCCGGAGGGGCCCCGAAAGAAGGACCUCCUCACUGUCGCCCCUCAAACGAGCAUGAAAUCAGACAGUUUUUCUGGCUUGUUGAAUGAAGUGCAUUUGGAGUCUACUCUUCAUAAUAUCCCCAUACAGCUUUUUGUGCAGUAUUUAUGUGUGUAUAUGUGUGUUGCUUGCAAUAAAAAAUUGGUGUAUCUGCAUCUGUAAUUGAGCUUAGAAGUGUA